AUGUAUCUCUUGGACCUGAUCCACCAAGCCAUCGACUACUGCCUCACGCAGGUGAAACUCGUGCAGAACCGCGAAAUCGGAUGGCAAACAUUGGACCGGAAGACGGGCCAACUCAAGCGCGAGCAGCAGCCCAUUCUGAAAAAGCUGAAGCUGUUGAUCCUGUUCAGUCGUCUGGUCGAGUGGGUGGAUGUGACUAAGGCCAUGAGGCUGUGGAUUCAUGAUAAGACGAUUAGGGAAGGCAAAGUCGAAGGCACGCACGCCUCAGCAUCCCGAAUCAAACCCUUCGUCGACUUCUACCACAUCAACAUGAACGACUUCGAGCCAUCCGACAUCUCCGCCUAUGGGUCUUUUGAAGAAUUCUUCGUCCGCCGCCACAAACCCGGCAGCCGACCCAUCUUCGCGCCCGACGACCCCACCAAGGCCGUCGUGGUGGCCGAUUCCCGCGUCGUCGUGUACCCGACCGUCAGUGACACGAAACGACUAUGGAUCAAAGGACACCACUUUACCAUAGCCAAUCUGAUUGGCGAAACAGACAACAACCCCAACUUGUCAACCUCCUCUGGCUCCGCGACAGACUCAGUCCCAGGCUCGGCCUCCAGCCUCGCAUCCUACUGGUCCGACGGCGCAGUAGCCAGUUUCCGCCUCAGUCCCCAAGACUACCACCGGUACCACUCGCCCGUGCGCGGCAGGGUGGACUGGUUCAAACAGAUCCCGGGGGAAUACUACCAAGUCGACCCUUUGUGUCUCCAAAGCGACGUGGACAUUUUGACCGCCAAUGCCCGCUGCUGUAUCUGUCUCGACACCGAAGAGUUCGGCAAAGUGCUGUUUGUGGCCAUUGGCGCCACCAACGUCGGCACUGUUGAUAUUCAUGAAAAAUGUCGCACUGUCGGCAGCAAAAUCGAAAAGGGCGACGAGGUCGGUCUUUUCCAGUUUGGUGGGUCGAGCAUUAUUGUUGCGUUUGAAAAGGGGCGUAUUGAGUUUGAUAAGGAUCUGCUUGAGUUGAGCCGCCAAAAAAUCAUGGUGGAUGUCGAGGUCGGUAUGAGUUUGGGUGCUGCCACUGCACGGCAGCCAGCACAGCCAGCUUGA